CGGUUUUGCCAUGUGAUCCUCCUGCCUCAAGUGAUAUACCUGCCUCAGCCUACCAAAGUGCUGGCUGGGAUUUUAGGCGUUUCUUCUAACAGUUUGUCUUGGAGUUGUCUUUGCAAGUAAAGCUUUUGUGAUUAUUGGAAUGCUAUAGAAGUCAUUAGGCUUCUUGUCCCACUAAAGCAUUAGAAUUUAAAACAGACCCUUUAACAUGAUUUAUAGCAGACAAGAAAUACCAGUUCAGUUUGGGCAGGUGGUAUUUAAUUGUCCCUCUUUACAAUCCCUCUAAAAUUGUUUGUGGGUGAAACAAAAAUCCGUAAAGAACAGCUUUAUAUAUAUUUUGAAAGAGAUAUCAGUUUCUUGCAUUUUUCUAAGUCAAAGGUUAAUUUAAAAUAUUAAUGCUGAAAAGAUUAAGAUAUUAAAUCUAGGCAAGAAUACAUGUACAUAUUGUAAUUACUUCCUUUUAAAAUUAAAGUAAUUGGAUUAUAUUUAAUGAGCUAUUUACAUUUAAUAAUUAAAAAAGACUUACUUUUCAGUAUUCCCUAUAUACAGAAAGAUGGGAGAAAUUUCACUUACGAUAUAAUUAUCUUAAAUUGGGCUAAAUAGGAAAAACAACUGUGCUUUUUAGAAAAAAGGGUCAGAAGAAUAUUAUAUUAAAAUAUACAAAUUAGGAAUUACCUAUAGGAGUGUGUUUUGGUUCAUUGUAAAAGAAGAUGAAAGAUCAAGUGCUUAAAAAAAAAAAUCCCUGAUGAGAAGAUUUGAUGAGCUGAACACAAAAUGAAACUUAAAGUGAUUCUCAGGGACCCUGUAGAUAAAAGUAACCUGUCAGAAGUGACGGAACCCCUAAUGCCUAGCUGUUUGAAAACAGGAGUUUGUUUGAAAAGCAGUAGCAUCUGAACAUGUUAUCUGAGGCUGGCACUUUAAAUAAGCCUGUGUUUAUGUUGUUUAAAGGAAAGAUGUGAAGCCUCAGAGCAUCUGGCUAAAAUUGGAUGCAGAGAGGGAGAAAGCAGUGUGUUACACUCAUUAACACCAUUUCAGUUUUAGGGUAAAUAGGAAGACUUUCAUGUGUUAGCAUGCAGUCUUUUUUCCAUGAGAAAGAAACUAGUCUUUUGGUGGGACUUCUAUAUAAAGAUAAGAAGUUUGGGCAUAUUUGUCUAACUAACUUCUUAGUUUGAGUGUUUUGUGGAGAGUUAGUGUGGUGUGAUGGAAAGAACAUGAACUUCAGACACAGUUGGACCUGGGUUUGAAAGCUGUCUGUGUGACUUUCAUAAAGUUAUGAAUCACUCUGGGUUUUGGUUUUCUCAUCUGUAAAAUGAAAAUAUACUACUUAACUUGGAAAUUUGUUUGGAGGAUUAGAAAUAUUCAAGAAGGUGUGAAUAAAUAUCUGGCACAUUUCAGGAAUUUAACAAGUAUUUAUUGAACAGACACUGUAGGAUGAAAAGAAAUUUUAAGAAUCCUACUUUGUCUCCAGAUAGUGGCUGUUGCUACUACUACUUUCUGUUAGGUUUAAAGAUAUUUUGUUUUUCAAUUCCUGUAUUCAAAGAGUUGUAUACCCCAAAAAUCUGUGCUAUAAAAUAGAAUGUAGUGACUGCUAUAAGAGAGGUUCAGCAUACCUCAUUGGCACUUGGAGAGAGGAAAAUGACUUCAGACUAGAAGAGUCAGGGAAGGAGUCUUAGAAGUGGUGACAUUCACCCCAGGCUUUUAAGAUAAAAGGAUUGUUUGUGUGUUUUUAUAUAGAAAUACCACAAUCUAGAUAAUAGUCUCUUGGAGAAUGUUUUGCCUUCAAAGUAAAGUGAAAAUAUUGGAUUGACCCUUGACUGUGAUUUGGAAGACUGAUGCCCUUUGUUGUAAUCCUUAAAAUUGUUAUAAUGUAAGCAGAGGCCAUCCAUCUUUUUCAGUAUUUGUCUCCAUAUUCCUGAAGAGCCUGUCUCAGAAGGCAAGAGGUCCACCUCCUUGGCCUCCACUGAAACCAAAUAAAAGAGGACCAUUUAGGAACACCUUUAGGUUGUUUUUCAUCAUUCAGAACAUUGCCUGAAGCAGGUCCACCAUGCCGUUAGUAACGAGGAACAUCGAGCCAAGGCACCUGUGCCGUCAGACGUUGCCUAGCGUUAGAAGCGAGCUGGAAUGCGUGACCAACAUCACCCUGGCAAAUGUCAUCCGACAGCUGGGCAGCCUGAGUAAAUAUGCAGAGGACAUUUUUGGAGAGCUCUUUACUCAGGCAAAUACCUUUGCCUCUCGAGUAAGCUCCCUUGCUGAGAGGGUUGACCGACUACAAGUUAAAGUCACUCAGCUGGAUCCCAAGGAAGAAGAAGUGUCACUACAAGGAAUCAACACCCGAAAGGCCUUCAGAAGCUCCGCCAUUCAAGAUCAGAAACUUUUUGACAGAAACUCUCUCCCAGUGCCUGUCUUAGAAACAUACAAUACCUGUGAUACUCCUCCCCCUCUCAACAAUCUUACCCCUUACAGGGAUGAUGGAAAAGAGGCACUCAAAUUCUACACAGACCCUUCAUACUUCUUUGAUCUUUGGAAGGAGAAGAUGCUGCAGGACACCAAGGAUAUCAUGAAAGAGAAGAGAAAGCAUAGGAAAGAAAAGAAAGAUAAUCCAAAUCGAGGGAACGUAAACCCACGUAAAAUCAAGACACGUAAGGAAGAAUGGGAGAAAAUGAAGAUGGGACAAGAAUUUGUGGAGUCCAAAGAAAAGCUGGGGCCUUCUGGGUAUCCACCCACCUUGGUGUACCAGAAUGGCAGCAUUGGCUGUGUUGAAAACGUGGAUACAAGCAACUAUCCACCACCACCACAGUCAGACUCUGCUUCUUCCCCUUCUCCUUCCUUCUCCGAGGACAACUUGCCUCCCCCACCAGCAGAAUUCAGUUACUCAGUGGACAAUCAAAGAGGAUCUGGUUUGGCUGGACCCAAAAGAUCCAGUGUGGUCAGCCCAAGCCAUCCACCACCAGCUCCUCCUCUAAGCUCUCCGUCAGGCCCUAAACCCGGGUUUGCUCCACCACCUGCCCCUCCGCCACCUCCCCCUUCGAUGAUAGGCAUCCCACCUCCACCACCACCUGUAGGAUUUGGGUCUCCAGGGACCCCUCCACCACCGUCACCUCCAUCUUUCCCACCUCACCCUGAUUUUGCUGCCCCUCCACCUCCUCCUCCACCGCCGGCAGCUGACUACCCAACUCUGCCACCACCUCCCUUGUCCCAGCCAACAGGAGGAGCACCUCCCCCUCCCCCUCCCCCUCCUCCUCCGGGGCCCCCUCCUCCCCCUUUCACUGGUGCAGAUGGCCAGCCUGCUGUACCACCACCACUUUCUGAUGCCACCAAGCCCAAGUCUUCCUUGCCUGCCGUGAGUGAUGCCCGUAGCGACCUGCUUUCAGCCAUCCGUCAAGGUUUCCAGCUGCGCAGGGUUGAGGAGCAACGGGAACAAGAGAAGCGGGAUGUUGUGGGCAAUGAUGUGGCUACCAUCUUGUCUCGUCGAAUUGCUGUUGAGUACAGUGACUCAGAAGAUGACUCCUCUGAGUUUGAUGAGGACGACUGGUCGGAUUAACUCUUUCUGCCUGCUGCCUACCUUCUUUUUCUUCCCUUCCUACCUGCCUUCUUUGAUGCCAACCCCAACAGUACCGUGGGGGAGAAAAGGGAGGAAAAAAGUAAUUUUAAGGGGCCAAAGCUUUCCCUGAAGCAACCAAAGAUAUAUCCAAGUGCUUCCUCCAAAUCAACCUGUAUUUCUUCUCCCCAUUGUCAGGCCCUGUGGGGCUCCUGAGAUUCAGUAACUGGGAUGUUCCCUCUUUCCUUCAAGUGCCUGUUGCAUAUUGAAAGGAAGGAGAAAUCCCAAAGCAGAUUCCUUUGAUCGGGUUUCCGUUGGAGAUGGUGCCUUCCCUUAGGAGCCAUAUUCAACUGCAAUCUUCUAAAACCUGUGCCCUCAGCCACUUUGAAUAAUGCCAGCCACCUUCUGGUUCUAAAGCAGGGGGAGUGGCCUGAAUGGACACAGCUGGCCCCUUUCCCGUGCUUUGAAAGGGCAGAGCAGGCCGAAGGCUCCAAUGGCCAGACUGUCUCACCCUCUGCCCUAAUCAGCAGGGUGGGCCUGCCUUUUUCUAAGUGAUCUCUAUGCCUGGGAUGUCCUUUAUUCCAGGAGGCAUCAAGCCUCUAAAGAAUGUCUCAUCCCCUUUUCCCAGAAGUGAUGCCUUUCUGCAGGCUGGGGUUGUUGCCUCUCUCCCAGGAUCCCUUUGGUGAGUAUGGUGUUCAGGAUGCACCACCACCACCUCUAGGUGCCUUCAGGCAACACAGCCCAAUUUUAACCUCUCGUAUCCAUGACCAAACUCUCCCUGACACAUGAGGACAGAGGCCUCUUCUGGCUGUCAGGAGCAAAGCCUGAAGACUUGGAACUGCAGGGCAGGAGUAACAGCGGUGCUCCGUGGGUCCCACCCUUUAAAGAUGCUGAGGCCUAAGGAUGGGAAGUGACUUGCUCAAGGUCACACAGUUGGAUAGUGACGUAGCUAGAGCCCAGAGUUCCUGAUUCCAAGUCACCUGUGCUUUCUGGGACCAAAUAAUGGGUACCUACUGGAGUCUGGGCAGAGCUUUCAUGGCAGUAUGCUACUCCAGACCUCACCGUAGGUUGGGGUCCCAGUAGGAGGACUCAGGGUCUGUGCCAGCACUGUCAGUGCUGCUCAGACCUUCACAGCCUCUCUUGUCAUUCUUUGUUGCCCCUUUUCUGUCACCAACCAACCACAUAGCCUUGGGAGCUGCCCUUCUGGGGGACCAGAAGUAGUGAGAGAAGGAAGGGGAGAGGCAGCUUUGACAGGUGCUGUUUUCAAUUCCUGUGCAACUCCUCCCCCUUUUAUUUCCCCCUUUAAGCAUAGAUUCUGCCAACUGUGGAAACUUCAGUCCCUCAGGCUGGCAGCUGUGCUGGUACCUGCCUGGGGGGGCCUGGCAGCCGUGAAGCAGGCUGAAAGGCAGAGAGGCUCCAGGUCCUGUUUCCAGCUCCCCUCACUGCACAUGGUGAAGCUCCCUCCCUUCCUCCCCGCUUUUCCCAGGCUAAUACACAGGUGCUAUUAUUCAGGAAAAAACUGGUCAGCUCUGGCCAACAGUGAGGUUUCUUCUGUUCUGCCCUAACUAUUGUGUAGCCUCUUAUGCUGAAAUCGGCUUCUGCUGGCUUCUCCAGCCUUCAGAGCCCUGAAACAAAGAGAAACAGGAUCUGUCCCUACCCAGCACAGCAAAUGGUUGUAGUAAUUGCCAAAGCCCUCGUAAAACCCUCCAGCUUGAGGAGAGAGUGUAUAGUCAUGGGUUCUGCCUCUGUGCCCUUGCUGACCACUUCCCCUCUGCCUUCUUUCCUGGAACUCAGGGUGUGGGGACUGAGCCUGUAGGGGCCAGCGUGCCCUCCUGAUGUGGCCAGUCCCACAUGUGCCCUCCUGUCUCUCCAGAUCAGGUGUCUCUGGCACAGGACUUGGCACCAGGCUCCCUGCUGAGACACCGGGCUAUGUGGGCCCCCACCUUGUUUCCCAGGCUGCACUUCAGAAGCCGAAGGUGCUUUCAUCGGAACCCUAAAAUGGCCGUUGAAGGUGCCUGGGUUGCAGCCCAGCAGUAGCUGGUGAGGCAGGCAGAGGGCAGUGGUUCUCCCAAAUAGGAGACCUGGGACCUGGCCAGGCCAGGGUUUGGCCCUAAUGGCUUUGACUGAAUUACCCCCAUCCUCCUUCAUUCCGGAAAAGGGAGAGCUAGAGCCACUCACUAUCAUUCUGCUCUGACCUUGAAGGGGGCGGUCUUGGCCUGGCUUCUGGAAUGGACUGAGUCCAUCGUGGAAAGGGCUGGGGGCAGGAGGAGGUGGGGAGGGGCACUGCCUGCGGAAGGUAGGAUUAGAUCAUUAGCUCAGUGACCUCCUAGGGUUUCGAUGUGCUGUGUUCUCAUCCUACAGCUGGUUUGGUAAUGAUCUGCAAGUCCCGGAGAGCAACAGCACAGCUCUGCCUGACGCUCUCAUUAAAAUCUAUGCAGCCAAGCUCUGCGCUUUGUAGCAGCCGGCCUUGCGAAGCCUCCUCAGCUCGGGGGGCCGGGGACCCAGUCAGCCAAGAGGCCCUCUGGGCUCCACUUAUGCAUAUGCACCAAAAAAAGGGCUUCUUUAAACCCAGAGCCCUUUAAGAUGAGAAAGGACCCAAUGCAGGUAAUCCUGUUUUUGGACUCAUGUAAUGUAGAAUGCAAAGUUUAGUGAUUAUUGAAUCUGGGCUGAGGCUGGUGAGAAUAUGGAACAAUGGCCGAUAAGGACUCCUAAGUGCUGAAGCCAAGGAGCCUCCUCCCUUCCUGGUUCACCCCACCCAGGGGACCUGCCCCCAUUCCUGUGGCCCUGGGUCCCAGCUUCCAAUAGUGUCAGAAGCGACUUGUGGCUUUGCCUUUGUUGUGAGAUGGGUACAUUCCAAAGGAGCAGCCCAGGGAGGCGGCAGGCUCAGCCAGCCCUUGGAGGCUCAGAGCAGCUGGCCCAGGCUCCAGCUCACAGUGGAAGCUUGAGCACCCUCAGAAACAACCCUGGCCAAUGUUACCGCAGAGCCGAGGCGGCGUUGUCAGGGCUAAUGUGAAAUCUCUUCCCGUGGCGCCGAUCCUCCGACUCUGCAGCGCCAGCUUGGAGAAAUUGAGGUCUCUGUGGCUUUGGUGACCCUGCUUAAGCAUUCCUACCGUGUCCCAGCUCUGCACUAGGACUGCCUCCCACUGCGGCCCCUCACCUGACCUCAGGGCCUGGGGAGGGAGGGAGCCAGUGCUCCGAGGCCAGGGGGCUUUGCUCAUGAGAGAUGUCAGGCUUCCUGGAGGCAUCAGGCUUUGAGCCCUGCCGGGGUCCAGCUGACCUGGGACCAGGUGUUGUGCAGAGAUGUAUCUCAUUCUGUGCUUCCUGCCAUGUUGACUUGAACAGUGCCUCAGUGUGGGUUAGGGAACAAUUUUGUUAUUAAGUUUAUUCAGUUAAUUCACUUGAGAAACUAACCAAUUUUUACUUUCUGUCUAGAAUGAUGUACAUGUAGUAGAGUGAGCCGUAAUUCUCCCAAAGUGCCUUGUUUUCUUAAAUAUAUUUAUAAGGACAUAAUUCAGUGGGUUCUUGGGUGUGUUUGCCACAUCAAGAUUUUAGGGAAUGGGUGUAUAUGUGGUAGGGAUGCCGUGUAAAAACAGGCCCUGUUCCCCUGAGGAUGGGAAAGGAGCUCUUCGGUUGGAGAUCUGGGCAGUGGGUUAAGCCAGACCCUGUAAAGUGACCCUUUCCUCUUCUGCCGCAUUCUCAGACCCUCGGAAAGACAUCCAAUUUUUUAAAGCCCUGUGGCUCCAGGCCUGGUCUCUUGCUUCCCUGCCAGGCUUAUCGCGUGUCUACCACAUUUGUGCCCCACUGGCCCGAGGGUUCCAUGUAACUAUGUAUACACAUGAAUACUUAAAUGCCAACAUUUUAAAUAAUUUGAUAAAGUCUUUGUAGCCACUCAG